AUGAAUUUUGAUUCUAGUUCUUCUACUUCUAGUGAUGAAAUAUACGAUUCCAUGUUGUUAGAUUUUAUUGAGGAAAAUCGACAACAACAAGUGAUAGAGGAUGCAGUAACAUAUGUUAUUAACACCGAUGUAGAAGAACAAGAAGUUCGUGGUUCACGACGUGAAAAAAUGUCAAGGUGGAUCGUUCUAAGAGAUCGUGAAGAAGCACAUGAUCGGUUAGUUACAGACUACUUUAGUGACCAUCCAUUAUACGGCGAUGAAAAGUUUCGACAUGCCACAAUGCGACUAGGUGCUUCUGGAAUUCAAAAAUGCACUGCAGCAAUGAGAAUGUUAGCAUAUGGUUGCCCAGCUGAUCAAAUUGAUGAGUAUCUAAAACUUGGGGCAAGUACGGCAAGAGAAUGUCUUAUACACUAUGUUGAUGGAGUGAUUCGUGAAUUCUCAACAGAAUACCUGCGGAAGCCAAACGCGGAAGAUCUUGUUCGUCUCCUUAAACAAGGGGAAGAAAGGGGUUUUCCUGGCAUGAUGGGGAGCAUCGAUUGUAUGCAUUGGGAGUGGAAAAAUUGUCCAGCUGGAUGGAAAGGAAUGUAUCAAGGAAGAUCUAAAAGGGCGACGGUGAUCUUAGAAGUUGUUGUUUCUUGGGAUUUAUGGAUUUGGCAUGCCUUUUUUGGCACGCCAGGGACAUGCAACGAUAUAAACGUUCUUCAGCGUUCUCCCGUCUUUGACGAUAUUUUAAAUGGUCGAGCUCCACAAGUUAAUUUCACUAUGAAUGGAAAUACCUAUAACCAAGGAUAUUAUCUCACACAUGGGAUUUAUCCAAAAUGGGAAACAUUUAUUUCCGCUAUUACCUCCCCAUAA